UCUUCUUCUUUUUCUCUUCUUUUUUGUAUUUUCCUUUCCACCAUAUUUAGAUCAAAGGGUAAAUAUAUAUAUUAUUGUAAGGAUUGAGUUUUGUUGGGAAGUAAUAUGGGUGCAGAUUCAUUUGAUGAAGAGUGUGAUUAUCUGUUCAAGGCAGUACUGAUUGGUGACUCAGCUGUGGGGAAAUCCAAUCUGCUCUCAAGAUUUGCAAAGGAUGAUUUCCAGUUGGAUUCUAAGCCCACCAUAGGUGUGGAGUUUGCUUACAAGAAUAUUAAGGUGGGGGAUAAGGUUGUGAAGGCUCAGAUAUGGGACACUGCUGGUCAAGAAAGAUUCAGAGCGAUCACGAGUUCAUACUACCGGGGAGCUCUGGGGGCGCUGCUAGUGUAUGACAUAACUCGCAGGGCGACAUUCGAGAACGUAAGAAAAUGGCUGGUGGAACUGAAGGAGUUUGGGAGUUCAGAAAUGGUGGUGGUUCUGGUUGGCAACAAAUCGGACCUGGGAAAUUCAAGACAAGUUAAGACGGAAGACGGGCAGAGGGUUGCUGAGUUAGAGGGUCUGUUAUUCCUCGAAACGUCUGCAAUGGAGAAUCUGAAUGUGGAAGAGGCAUUCCUGCAGAUGAUCACAAAGAUUCAUGAAAUUAUGAGCCAUAAAAGCUUGGAUGCUAAGAUGAAUGAAGAACCAAACACCACUCAUACUCACCUUCUGCAGGGGAAAAAGGAGAUCAUUAACAUUCAUGAAAUCACUUCACCAACUAAACACCCUCUUCCUAAUCCUAAUUGCUGUCUAUACUGAACUCAACUAUCUAUUUUUCGUUAUGAAUUUUUGUUUGUCCUCACUAGUGUCUGUGUUUUUCUUCCAAGCCUCAAACUUAUGUAAUUCAUGAACCCUUUUUCAACAUGAAAUAUAUAAUAGAUUGCAGGAAA